AUGCCCCUUCCCGCCGACAGCGGGCCCUCCCAGCGCCGCGAUCCUUCCGGCGUCGGCGAGGACGGUGCCUGCCCCGCCGGCGACGGCGGCCCACCCGGCCCGGAUGGCCGCCGCGGCGCUGCGCUGGACGGCGGCCGAUGGCUGCUACGGUGGGAACUGAAGCGCAGGGUGGCGGACAUCACGACGGAGAUGGAGUUCAUCGCGCGAGAGGCUCACCAACUGUCACAGAAGCGCUUUGUUAACCCUGCAGCAAUGUCCAUCACAGUCAAUGAGCAGGAGAGGAUGAUGCUGCACGAAAACCAUCUGAAGAGGUUGCAGGAUAUAGUGCAGAGACAUUGCCUACCAGUGCUGAAGAACCUCAUUAAUCAUAAGUGGGCAUUUCCCUUCAACCACCCAGUGGACAUAUCAAAGUACCAUGACUACCUGAACUACGUGGAGAAGCCCAUGGAUCUGGGCACGGUCAAGGCGCACAUCAAUUCUUAUCGCAAUCCCGAGGAAUUGCGGGUGGAUGUGCAGACCGUCUUUGACAAUGCGGAAAAGUACAACCCAGUGGGAAGCGAUGUGAAGAAGAUGAGCGACGUCUUGGAGGAAAAGUUCCACGAGCGUUGGAAUCGUGUUGUUGUGCCAAAACUGGAGGAAGAAGAACGUGCUCUGGUUAAUGAAGAGGCAGCGCUGAAGCAAAGCAAAGCUGGGCUGAUGAUCAUGAGAGCAGAAGGGGAUGUUGACCAUUGUUGUGGCGUUUUACUACAGAGACUAGAGAAACUUGUGGAGAGGAUCCAGUACUGCCAGUGCCUUGCUGCAUGUGCUUGUGGAGUGAUGAGCAGCAAGGAACGGGUGCGCCUGGGGUGGGAGCUGGCAACACUUCCUGCGGACCACUUUCAGCGGGCUGCAAAUUUGCUCAUGUCCAGGCAUCCUGGCCUCAUGGCAACGAUGAAGGAGAACACAGUGCAGCUGGACUUGGAGGAGAUGGAUGCGCUUACGCUGCGCCAAUUGCAGGACUUUGUGCGGCAGUGCAAGAAGUCUCGCAGACGUGUCGCUCAGUCAGAUCAAGGGUCUGACAUUAAUGGUGGUCCAGCACCAAGAAAGCGCCAAAGAGUCGAAAAUCCUACAGGUGCCAGUUCACCAAACGUGACCCUGGACUCCAGCCGGUCAAGUGUGCGGUGGCCCGCUGUGCCCCUGGGGAUUGGCCUGAAGCCGUACAAGCCAGAGUUAGAGGCAUGUGUUCCCCCAGAGUGCGAUUCCUUCAGACCUGCUCCUAGCAGGAUGCACAGUGAGCCAGUCGAGCCUGGCCACCUCCCCCCCCAGAGGUCAGUCGCUCUGCCCCGCACAAGCACAGCCCCACCGGCCCCUGUGCAGUCCCCAAGGCCAUCUGCGGCAGGGGUGAGCACACGGAGAGACGACCCUCCUUCCGCGGGUCCCAUUGCUGGGGAGGGUAGUGUGUUGGGCAUGGAGAAGCGGCUGACCACUCAAAUGCCUGUGAUGAGCGAAGCCGGGCGGCCUCUGGUGGAGAGAGUGCUCCUGAGGACACAUGGCAGCCUGGUUGGCUCAAACAACCUGGCGUCACCAGCUUGGGGCAGCAGGGCUGGCGGGGAGGUAGUGAGUGAGACUGGUAGAGGGCCUGGCCUACUGAACAUAUCUGGGAGUGCGCCCCUUGGCACAGGAAUGCUGCAUAGCGCUCCACUGGCCAGUCCUACAAGUCCCACGCAUGUGGUGCAGGGCAAAGCAGCUGGCCUGAGCAUCAUCACAUCCCCUCGAGGGGGCUUGUCGCAAGGGGCUGUUCAGAGGAUAUCAGGCCAUUCUCCACAGGCAGGGGGUGCGAUUACGAUACAAAGCACCCCUGCACCUGCUAUGAGGCCAAUUCUCGGCGGAGGACUCCUAUCUGGGGGCUUGAGCUUGCCGCCACCGUCCCACAGCCUGACAUCUUCGGGCCUUGUGCGGCAGUUGGCAAUGCCAACAUCAAAAUCUGUGCCCCUGCCCAUGCAAGUCUCUGUGGCUCCCCUCUCCAUCUCCCUGCCGUUCCCCACCGUGGGUGUGCAGCCCAUGGUCCCCAAGCACACUGUUGUCAGCCCGGGUGGCAUCAGCAAUCUGGUGCACAGCUCCCCAAUAUCCAUCCCAGCACUGCCUGUCCUUGCUAACUCGGCUGGGUUCCCUGCCCCCUUGCUGGGCGGCCACGCGGCGUCCCUGGGAUCUACAGUCACCAGCGGGGCUGGCAAUCCACCACGCAGCGCACAGGAGGAUGUGAGGAGGUGGCCUGGGCCUAUGGGCAAGCCACCUUCAACGCAGGAUGCUGGUGCAGGCUCUGGGAAAGACCCCCCUGCGACUGCCAAAUGA